AUGCGCCUCUUCCUUAUGAUGCUGCUUCUUGCAGCUUUCAACAUCGCAAGCAGCAAGGCAUUAUCAUCACCUGCAGAAAAAGAGAAAUCAAGCCUACACAUAACCGCACCUGUCAUUGACGUCGUGGCUUUCACUGCAGAUAAAAAGAGGUUUCUCAGAACCCAGAACAAGCACGUUGCGGACGUUGGACACCCCGAUGAAGAAGAGAGAGCGUUUACUUGGGCAACCAAGCUUGGAAGUCUGCUCAGAACGAAAGACACAGUCAAGCUGGAGAAGUUUGCGAAAAAACAGAAAUAUCGUCAAUGGCUCAAGGACGGAGAAGACCCGGCUACCAUUUACGCAAAGUUGGGCCUCACGGGUCAGGGCCCGGCAGCGAACUUGAAGAACGACCCACGCUUUCACGAGUAUAUCGAGUUUUCUGCGCUUUGGCGACACAAGAAGGGCACACUUGCCAAGGAAUGGUGGCAGUUCUGGCGUAAAAGUGCUUGGUAG